UGCUUCUCGCAGACAUCAGCAAACAUGAACGCAUCCUCGUUUACCUACCAGCUCUUCUGUAUUGUCCCCGGCUUGGCCGUCCUGCUCCUUGUUUUCGCCAAGGUUUUUUCAAGCCGCUGCCGCAGUUCCCUGGUCGAUGGCCCCGGCUGGGCCGUGCUGAUAACAGGCUGUGACAGCGGCUUCGGGUACGAGCUCGCUCGGUGCUUAGACCACAAGGGUUUUGUGGUCUUUGCCGGCUGUUUGUUUCCGCAGGGGACGGGCGCCCAGAACCUGGCCAAACAGAGCUCCCAUCGUUUAAAAAUUGUCAAGCUGGACGUCACCAGCGACGCGGACGUGCGGCAGGCAAAGACCAUCGUCCAGGAGAACCUGCCAGAAAAAGGUCUGUGGGCUGUGGUCAACAAUGCUGGCAUUUCUGACUGGGCAGAGAUAGAGUGGAGCACUAUUGAGGACUUCCACCACAUGGUGGACAUCAACCUGUUUGGCUCCAUCAGGACCACCGUGGCCUUCCUGCCAUUGGUGCGUGCCGCUAAAGGCCGAGUGAUUUUUGUGUCGAGCAUCUUUGCUUUCUUCAAUUGCCUGAACAUGGGAAGUUACAGCGUGUCCAAGCGUGGACUGGAGGCCUUUGCAGACUGCUUAAGGGUGGAAAUGGCCAGCUUUGGCGUCAAGGUGAGCAUCAUUCAGCCAGGUAACUUUGGGCAAGCCACCAACAUCGUGAAGAUGAAGACCCUGUCAGACAUUUGGCUGAAGUUUGAUGACGAGCGCAAGCAAACCUUCAGCCAAGACUACAUCAAGCUGGCCAUCGAGUACUUUGUCUCGACGUGCAGGACGGGCUUCACCAACGCCGACAAGGUCAUCAACGCCAUGCUGCACGCUAUCACGGCCCCCAGCCCCAAUCGCAGAUACAUGAUCGUUUCGGCCACGGAUCGGGUUUUCUUCCAGCUCUACCCUUACUUGCCCACCGCUCUCACCGACGCCGUGUUUUCUCUCAGCUCCAUGUACGCUGCAAGGAAAGAAAUGCUCUAUGUCAAGUAGGGAAAGACUUUUUUUACAUACUGUAUUUACAUGUACCCUUCAGCAAAACCUCAAUAGUGUUUUGUUUUUUUUAACCUACUUUAUGUAUUUUAUGCAACACAAAAAAAUGUGAAAUGAAAUGUUUCUGUUGAUUUUUGGUCAAAAUAGUAUUAUGUUAUAAAUAUUAUAUUUUGCAUUAAUUGUUAAUAUAAUAUUUAUUAUAAUUAUUAUCAUAUAUAUUUAAUAUAUAAUAUACUUUUAUAUGACAUAUUAUAAAUAUGUUAUACAAUUUUUUUACUUUUUAUUUCAAUGUAUUUUUUAUCCAAAAAUUGGCAGUUUUUUUUUUUUUUGGCAGAAACCGCAUAUCAUUCACCGAGAGUAGCUCACAAUCUAUAAAUACGUGAUAAUCCAGGUAGGAUGCACAGCAUACAUGCACCACUGUUUAUAAAACCCACAAUUUUUAACAUGUAUGUCUUUAUGCUUAUACUGAUGAUGUUUUUUCCUCAGCGGUCCUUGAACGCACCAUAGUUAACAUUGGAACCUUUGAUCCUCCUGUAAAAUGUUUACAUCUGGUUUGUCCACGCAAAAUAAUACAUGUGUUUGGUGUAAUCAAAAUUAAUUUGUAAUUUUAUCUUUUUCAUUGUGGCUUCUUUUUCGUUCCUUUUUUAAUUUGUUGAUCUGUUUUCAUGGUUUUCUAUCUUUUCCUGCAGCACAAUUACAUGCCUUUGAA